GCCUGGCAGUUGUGAACUCGAACCUGCCGCUGUCGCGGCGGCGGGGCGGGGAGCGGGCCGCAGAGGCCGGCCGGGGGCUUCAUGGAUGGGCGCCGCGUCCCCGCAGGGCACGCGGGAGAGGUAAGGCUGACCUCUCUGCAGUUAGAGGUCUGAGCUCUGCCAUGGGGAUAGGGAUGUCUUUAUUGCUACAGUUUUCUCUGACAUCCGGGGGCUACCAGAGUGUGGGCCGAAGCAGGCGCUGCGGCAGAAGUUUCCCCAGGAAGGUCCCCACGAGGAGCUGGAAACCGCCUCGUCCCCAGCUCCGCACUCUCCAGGCCGAGGAAGAACCGAUGCUGGAACGGCGCUGCAGGGGCACCAUGGCCAUGGGCCCAGUCCAGCCCAGGCUCCUUUCUGGGCCCUCCCAGGAGUCCCCCCAGCCCGAAAGAGGGUUGAGGCACCAGGGCAAGUCAGUAGCUCAGCCAGGAGGCCAAGCACCAGGCAAGGCCCAUCGCUGUGCCCACUGUCGGAGGCGCUUCCCGGGCUGGGUGGCCCUGUGGCUUCACACUCGGCGGUGCCAGGCCAGGCUGCCGCUGCCCUGCCACGAGUGCAACCAGCGCUUUCGCCACGCCCCCUUCUUAGCGCUGCACCUUCAGGUUCAUGCCUCUGCCACCCCUGAUCUGGGUUUCACCUGCCACCUCUGUGGGCAUAGCUUCCAAGGCUGGGUAGCCCUGGUACUACACCUCCGGGCUCACUCAGCUGCAAAGCGGCCCAUCACUUGUCCCGAAUGUGACAGGCGCUUCUGGCGACAAAAGCAGCUUCGAGCCCACCUGCAGAGGUGCCAUCCCCCUGUCCCUGAGGCUAGGCCCUUCAUAUGUGGCAACUGUGGUCGGAGCUUUGCCCAGUGGGACCAGCUGGUUGUUCACAAGCGGGUGCACGUCACUGAGGCCCUGGAGGAGGCAGCAGCCAAGGCCCUAGGUCCCCGGCCCCGAGGUCGCCCGGCAGUGGCUGCCCCCAGGCCGGGCGGAGAUGCCGUGGACCGCCCCUUCCAGUGUGCCUGCUGCGGCAAGCGCUUCCGUCACAAGCCCAACCUGAUCGCCCACCGCCGUGUGCACACUGGCGAGCGACCACACCAGUGCCCAGAGUGCGGGAAACGCUUCACCAACAAGCCCUACCUAACUUCGCACCGGCGCAUACACACCGGCGAGAAGCCCUACCCGUGCACCGAGUGUGGCCGCCGCUUCCGCCACAAACCCAACCUGUUGUCGCACAGCAAAAUCCACAAGCGCUCAGAGGUCUCAGCGCAGGCCGCCCUGGGCGCCGGGAGUCCCCAGAUUACAACGGAGCUCAUGGUGCAGCCCGCACUUGGGGCUCCCCUGGGGUCCCCGCGGACCCCGGCAGAGGCAUCAGUGCCCUUGCACAGCUGCGCCGACUGUGGCCGCAGCUUCCGUCUCGAGCGCUUCCUGAGGCUGCACCAGCGACAGCACACAGGCGAGCGGCCCUUCACCUGCCCCGAGUGCGGCAAGAACUUCGGCAAGAAGACCCACUUGGUUGCUCACUCGCGAGUGCACUCGGGUGAGCGGCCUUUCGCCUGCGAGGAGUGUGGGCGCCGCUUCUCACAGGGCAGCCACCUGGCAGCCCACCGGCGCGACCACGCACCGGAGAGGCCCUUCGUGUGCCCCGACUGUGGCAAGGCUUUCCGCCACAAGCCCUACCUGGCAGCACACCGGCGCAUCCACACCGGCGAGAAGCCCUACGUGUGUCCAGACUGUGGCAAAGCCUUCAGUCAGAAGUCCAACCUGGUGUCGCACCGGCGCAUCCACACGGGCGAGCGGCCCUACGCCUGCCCGGACUGUGACCGCAGCUUCAGCCAGAAGUCCAACCUUAUCACACACCGGAAAAGCCACAUCCGGGAUGGUGCCUUCUGCUGUGCCAUCUGCGGUCAGACCUUUGACGACGAGGAUCGACUCUUGAUGCACCAGAAGCAGCACGAUGCCUAAGAGGGGCCAUAGGCUGAGGGAAACAGGCCUGGAUGUCCUUGGCAACAGCGGGCAGGGGGCCCGUGUGGGGUGCCUUCACUGACACGGCUGGAGGGCAUCCCAGGGGGAUAGAAGAGGCGGAGUGAUGUGGGCUCUGUUCAGGAUUGGAGUUUCCCCGGGUGGUCAAGGAACCCAUUUUAGAAUGCAGGGACCUGGCUUUGAGGUAGCAGGCCCCCACCUGGUUUUUGUAAGGUCUACUCAGACUGCCCUGUACCCUGGAAAAGUAGCAAUAGCAGCUCCAUCUACCCUUUGAAUCCUCGGCUAGAGGAGCCACCAGUGGGAAGGGAGCUACUCCACCCCUGGUGUUGACGCCUUAAUGUCCCAGUCUUCACUAUGAGUUACUUCAGGUCAUUUUUUGGAAGUAGGUGUGGUGUAGUCACUAGUAAAUGAAUCCCGGGGCAGGGAAGUGUGCCAGCUGGAUACACCUUGGUGAGCCUGCUGCUGGCCUUGUCAGGCAGCCGGAGAGGUGAAGCUGAGCUGUUUCUUUUUCCUUUUUCUUUUUUUAACCAGUACCCUUCUGCAAUGCCUCCUGCACAGGUACCUAGAGGUGUCGAGGCCCAUCCUCGGUUAGCAACUCCAUCCACUUGCAGGUUAUCCUCCCAGGGCAUUUAUUUACUCCUUCACCUGCCUGGCUUUAUCUGCCCUUCCUCCCCGAGUAGAGGGCUUCCCUGGUGGUUUCGUUUAAACCCCUGGCUCUCCCCAACUCUUUCCAGAGCUUCAGGAGUUCUGGGAAAGCCUAGCCCUCUGAUGCUGGAGGUUUGACUGCAGGGAAGGUCCUGGGUAGAUUUCCUUUUUAAGGUUUCCCGGGUGUGGAUGCAGCCUCCACCCGCGCACCUCGGUGCUGGGGCACUCUUACCUCCAGAGGCACUGGUUCUAUUGUAGGGUGAUUCGAAUUGUUAGAAAUCCUUACUUAUAAUGAUUGGAUUCUGCUUUCCUAUGAUUUCUGCCCACUGGGUCUUAUUUUGUUCUCUGGACCGAAAAAGAACCAUUUACCCUCCUUUUCAAACUAGAGAAUAAAGAUUUGGUUUUAGAACUA